GUGAAACAGAUGGGCUUGGCCGGUGAGACUGGAGAUCUAGGAGAGGAGGAGAAAGAAAUGUGGGGUGGGGAAGAGACUGAUGGGUGUACUGCUAGGUUUGGAGGGAGUGCAGUGGGGGAGGAGGUAGAGGAUGGGAAAGAGGAAUGAAAGAGUUUGGGUGGAGAAGGAAGAGGGAAGGUGUCGGAUGAGGAGGUGGAAGGGGAAGAAAAUGUACCAGAGAGCAGAAUAGCACAGGCGAAUCAUGUUCUUGGUAAGAAGGUGAAAUAUAAUGAGCUUGGGAAAAGAGGGGAUAAGGGAAUUGAAGAGCGAAAGAGGAUGGUUUUGGAAAAUAAUUUGAAAGGUAAUUGUAAGGAAUGCUUUGAAAACAAAUAUCUUGCUGAGAAGAUUUUGCCAAAGGAUUCGUAUAUAUCUGGUUUAUCUCUUACUUCCGGAAUUUUUUCUAAAAUAAAUCAACCUGAAAAUGAUGAAGACAGGAGAGAUUUUAAAAAUCAAGAAAAUCUAGAAGGUAGAAAAAGCAAGUACUCUAAUCCUAAAAAUAAAUGGAAUAAAAAUAAUGGAAUAUCUCUUGAUAUCAAAACAGAAACACCCAAAAUCGUAAAAAAAACUGAUUCUUCUUUGAAAAAGAAAAAACUUAGAUCAAAACGCAAGAGUAAAGCUUCUGGUGCUUCUGAAAAGAUAAAUUCAUCUCAAGUGCCAGUAUGCAAAUUAGAUUUGCUUUCACCUGACUAAAACUGCUUUAUGACUUUUGAAUAUAAAAUCCAUCCAUUAACUCUAUAAAAAUAAAUU